UCAGGGCUUCAGAGUUUAUAUAUCAUCUUAAUCGCCAUUUGCAGUCUACUCAAAACCCUAGCGGCCAGAAUCGCCAUUUGCACUCGGCCUCGGGCUUCUUCUGAUUUCUGAACUCCAACCAUGGCGGACGAUAAUCCCGAUGUGACGGCGGCAGGAGCAGUGCCGAAGAAGAGGACGUUCAAGAAGUUCAGUUUCCGUGGAGUCGACUUGGAUGCUCUCCUCGACAUGUCCACCGACGAGCUCGUCAAGCUCUUCACUGCCAGGGCUCGCAGAAGGUUCCGGAGGGGUCUGACAAGGAAGCCAAUGGCUCUGAUCAAGAAGCUCCGUAAAGCGAAACGCGAGGCACCACCGGGUGAGAAGCCAGAACCGGUUAGAACCCACCUUCGAAACAUGAUCAUAGUUCCUGAAAUGAUUGGAAGUAUCAUUGGAGUUUACAAUGGGAAGACCUUCAAUCAGGUUGAAAUCAAACCGGAGAUGAUUGGCCAUUACCUAGCUGAGUUUUCUAUAUCAUACAAGCCUGUUAAGCAUGGUCGACCUGGUAUUGGUGCUACUCACUCGUCGAGGUUCAUUCCUCUGAAGUGAAAAGAGUAUACCGUUUCAGUCUUGGAAGUGUACUCCGCUUCUCUUCAAGUUUUAUGGAUACUUAUUUUUUUUUCUACAUUAUUUCAUUUUAGCUACUUUUUGACUGGAAUUUAAUUUUCAUGAACAAUGAGAUAAUUUUGAUGGUUCAGACGUAGGUUCUUUGUUCAAAGGCUUCUAGUUGUUUUUAAUAAGAAUGCUUAAGCUCAUCGUGGGA